UUUCUGCUUCUUGAUAGCAGUUACGGCCAUCUUGCUCCCCUGUUAGCUUGUGCGUUGAAGCAGGUCUAUGCUGAUAAGUUACAUAAAGGGGUUCUUAGUAAUGUUGUAAUUAGAUACUGGAGGGACGAGCGGAAUUUACGUUUUAAUGGGAAAAGGUAGUGGUGUCACCAGAAUAUAAACUUCAAGCGCCUGAUACCUAGCUAUCUUUAGCUACGAACUAUGGCAAAUAACACGGCGUUGGCGGGGAAUCAUCAGCAGCAACAGGCCGUGAAUAAACCCGCUGCCUCAGGAAAGCAGGGAAAUGUAUUACCUCUAUGGGGCAAUGAGAAGACCAUGAAUCUGAACCCCAUGAUUUUGACGAACGUGCUGUCAUCUCCUUAUUUCAAGGUACAGCUAUAUGAGCUGAAAACUUACCACGAAGUCGUGGACGAGAUCUACUUUAAGGUGACCCAUGUUGAGCCAUGGGAGAAGGGCAGCAGGAAGACUGCAGGCCAAACUGGCAUGUGCGGAGGGGUCCGCGGCGUUGGAACCGGAGGCAUCGUCUCCACGGCCUUCUGUUUGCUGUAUAAACUGUUCACCCUGAAGCUGACACGCAAGCAGGUGAUGGGUCUCAUCACUCACACCGACUCCCCCUAUAUUAGAGCCCUCGGGUUCAUGUACGUAAGAUUUGCUCUGAGAAUUUUAUGUGCUGGUACUCUUGUGAAAUGCGGUCUUUGUCGCUGUGUAACAGAUACACUCAACCCCCUCCAGACCUCCUGGACUGGUUUGAUGGGUUCCUUGAUGAUGAGGAGGUAUGUUAACACGGAUCUCCCUUGUGCAGCAGGUGAAUUGGAAAUUGUAUCUCAGCACUGUUGGUUUGUGUGUGAGCUGGAUGUGAAAGCCGGUGGCGGAUGCAUCAUGACGGUCGGGGAAAUGCUGCGCUCUUUCCUGCUGAAGCUGGAGUGGUUCUCCACGCUGUUCCCCCGCAUCCCCGUGCCGGUGCAGAAGAUGAUCGACCAGCAGAUGAAGAGCAGGCCCAGGAAAAUCCCACAGAACGAGGGCAAGGAGGAGGUGCAAGAGCCCGAGUGGCACGCUGAGCAGAGGACUCCCAGAAGAACGCCCAGCCCCCGGAGGUCGCCGAAGAGGUCGAGGAGCAGGAGCCAACAGCGGGACGGACAUUCCUCCGCCAACUUCGACUGGGAGCUGGAGAGGGAGCGCGAGCGGCAGAGGAAAGAGCGGGAGGGCAAGGACCGGGACAGGGCGGAGAAGGACAGGGACCGGAGCGAAAGGGACAGGGGGGACAAAGAGCGCCGACGCUCUCGCAGCCCGGACCGCAACCCGGACCCGCGGGGCGGUCGGAGCAGAGACCGCCGCCCACGCAGCCGGUCCGCCACCCGGGAUGGAAAGAACGGCCGCAGGGACCGCGAGAAGGAGAGGGAAAGCGACGGCGACCGGAGCAGAAGAAAGGACUGCGACCGAGACAGGGCCAACGACAAGGACAGAGAGAAGGACAAGGACAGAGAGAAGGACAAGGACAGAGAGAAGGACAAGGACAGGGAGAAGGACAAGGACUGGGAGAAGGACAAGGACAAGGUCAGGGCCAGGUCGAGAGACGGCGGGGAGAGGACAAAAGACAAGCGGGGAAAAGGAGAGGGGGAGGACAGGAGACAGAGGGAGGAGAAGAGGCAGAGGGAGGGGCGCAAGUUGAAGAGGCGCAGCCACAGUGGGAGCAGGAGCAGGCACAGGGCUGAGAGGCCCGCCAAGAGGAGCCGCAGUGCCAGCAGGGAGGACAGGGCCCGCAAGGGAGCCAGCCACAGCAAGGAGAGGCCCCACAGGGCCCAUAGGGCCCCACGCCAGGAGCACGGACACACCAAGGACCAGCACAGAUGCCAAAGCACAGAGAGGGAGGGGAGAGAGCAGGACACAUAAUUUCCACAUAAUUUCAUCUUCUCUCGAUCUCCUUUCACUUUGUUUUCUUUUGUAUUUUGCUUUAGUAUGGAAAUGCAUCCCGAGGUUUCCUGGGCCCCUUGUGCACAUUCCUCCUUGUGGGGAAGUGCCUUUGCAUCAUCUUCAACCGCCAUUGUACCCCAAUACUUGAGUUGUGAUGCAAAGGCUUUCAUUUUUCAUCAUGAUUUUCUUUUCUGAAAUCUUUCAAAAAUUGCUUUGUAAAUAAGUCUGAGAAGGUAAAUUUGUAUAAGGGGUCAAGACUGCCUGACGUUGUGCUGUACUUGGUUCGUUGCCUUGCAAUCUUUUAUAAUAAAAUACUUUCAUGAAA